CAAAUAUGGCCAAGGUCGUACUGCUGGUUCUCAGCAUCGUUUGCCUGGCGGCACAGCUGGCGUUGGCGAAGGAAAAGCACAUCAAGUACACCGAGAAAGAUCUGCUGCGAAAGUCGAUUGUGUACGACAAAAACACACCCGACGUGUUCUACUGUCCCGUAAACAAACCUACCGGGAUGGAUAAGAUGAUCGUGAGAUCCCGUCCUCUGCACAAACUUUGCGAACAUGAGGGAAAACCACUUCCCGCGCACUACAAAUCCGACUGCUAUAACGACGUCGAUGAGUCCAACUACGCGUGCAAGGAAAAGUACAGAAUAAUGAUGCGACUUAAUCCACCCGGUAGCGAUGAGCCGUUUAAUGGGCAGCGUUUGAGCAGGUUCAUGGAUAUGGACGAUGACAUGAAGCGGGUUAAAACGAAGAAACGGGUGUGAGCGGGUUUACCUUGCCACUUUACACCACACUUUGCCAUACUGACAAAUUAAAGCCCAACCGAUAAGACAUGCUUUUGAAAAAGGCAACAAAAUAUAUUUUAAUUAAAACGAGUGUUAACAAAACAAACGAUGUACGGACUGUUGCAGUGAUAGUAGUUUAUUUUUGUUAUCACAAGAAGACGAGUAGUUUUUAAACAGUUGAAAGUUUUGUUGUGUGUUGAAGACAAGAUUUGUGUGCAUUGAAUAGUUAGAAGCGACUGGCAAUGUUUGCACACUAAUGAAUUAAGCUUGAUUUCAAAUUUAAAAUGUUAACAGUGAUUGAUUGAUUAAACCAGCUUGUUGAUAAAAUAAACCAGGAAAU